CCUGCGUGACUGUACAUGAACGGAGCGGGGCAAGUGGGCGGAGUGAGCGUAUUUUUCUUGCGGCGACGUUGCGCGGGCGGCGUGGUCGCGUGGGGCGGCCGCCGGCGUCACUCCAUGCCCGAUCACGACAAGUACCAGCUGCGGCCCCGCGCCGCGCGCAGCCGCGAGCCGCGCGCGCGCCGCACGCCGCAGCCGCUCAGCAAGUACCGCCGCAAGACGGCCAACGCCAGGGAGCGCAGCCGCAUGCGCGAGAUCAACCGCGCCUUCGAGACGCUGCGCCGCGCCGUGCCCGCGUCCGCCAUCACGGGCACGCCGGUGCCCUGCGAGAAGCUCACCAAGAUCACCACGCUGCGGCUGGCCAUGCGCUACAUCACGGCGCUGUCGGCGGCGCUGCGGGAGACCAGCCCGGAGCCCGAGGGCGCGCGCCCCGAGCGCUGGCCCUCGCCGCUGUGCUCCGACCUGUCCGAGUUCUCCACGGAGCAGGAGACGCCGUCGGAGUUCGCGGAGGACUCGCUGUCGCCGUUCGACUCGUUCUUCGCGGAGUUCGACUGCGACUACAUCGACCGGACAUUCGCGUGAUAGUGUUGUGAGUGGUGCACUGCCGGACUAUUUCCAAUUAGGUACCUACUAUUUAAUUCUCCUUUUGCCAUACUAUUAAUUAUUACUUAUAAAUAACUAUAUUUUAUUUUGUAUGAGAUAUAUUUUGAGAUUUAUUUAUUUUUUAUUAAUAAAUUUUAAUUGUUAUCGUUAUGA